AUGAUCAGUUCCAUUACAUCACGGAGUAGUCGCUUGUUUGCCGACGUCGGAUACGACAGUAUCCGUGAGUUUGGUCGGGGACCGUUGCUCGAGUGUAUGUCCACUUGUCAUUCACUGACUCUAAUCGAGGGUGUAUUGUCCGGAGACCCAUUGGAUCUAAAAAUGUUCCAGUCAACUAAAUGGGAAUUCAUCGAAGAGACUGAAGACCACUGUAAAUUCGAAAUGGCUGUGCCCGCCAUCGUUCGCCCCUGUGGUGAACGUUCAAUGGAAAAAAUCUCCGGCGAUGCGAAGUAUGAUUCUGAGAACCUACCAUAUGAAGUUGGAAUCCUUCGUCAGUUCCCCUUCACUUCUAGUCUGCAACGAAUGUCAGUGAUUGCGCGGGUUUUAGACAGUUCCCAUUUCAGCGUGUACACCAAAGGUGCUCCAGAGACAAUCGAAUCCCUGUGUCGACGUGACACAAUUCCGUCAGAUUUUCAUUCUCUUCUAUUGGAUUACACACGGGAGGGGUAUCGAGUUCUGGCUUUGGCUUGGCGCCCACUUAAAAUCUCCUACACUCGUGUGCUCAAAAUUCAACGGGAACGAGUUGAACAGGAUUUGCUGUUUCUCGGUCUGUUGGUAAUGGAGAAUCGGCUGAAACCCGAGAGUGCUGAAGUCAUACAAGUGCUCCGGAAUGCUAACAUACGUCCGGUCAUGGUUACUGGUAGGUGUCUUUUGUUGGAGUUACGUCGAUGA